AUGAGCUCCACCGACUCAGCAGACACCACUGUGGAUGAAGCGAUCUAUAGCAAUUACUAUCAGUAUGAAAACCUCCCCACGCCUUGCACCAAAGAAGGCAUCAAGGCUUUUGGGGAGCUCUUCCUGCCCCCUCUUUACUCCUUGGUCUUUCUGUUUGGUCUGCUUGGAAACUGCGUGGUGGUUCUUGUCCUGUUCAAGUACAAGCGGCUCAAGUCCAUGACUGAUGUGUACCUGCUCAACCUGGCCAUCUCAGAUCUGCUCUUUGUGUUCUCACUGCCGUUCUGGGGCUACUACUCUGCAGACCAGUGGGUCUUUGGGCUGGGUCUAUGCAAGAUGAUUUCAUGGAUAUACCUGGUGGGCUUUUACAGCGGCAUCUUCUUCAUCAUGCUCAUGAGCAUUGACAGGUACCUGGCGAUUGUGCACGCGGUGUUUUCUAUGAGGGUGAGAACCUUGACCUAUGGGGUUAUCACCAGCUUGGCUACGUGGGCAGUGGCAGUAUUCGCUUCCCUUCCUGGCCUUCUGUUCAGCACUUGUUACACCGAGCGUAACCAUACCUACUGCAAAACCAAGUACUCUGCAAACUCUACCACAUGGAAGGUUCUGAGCUCUCUGGAGAUCAAUAUUCUAGGACUGGUGAUCCCCUUGGGAAUCAUGCUGUUUUGCUACUCCAUGAUCAUCAGGACCUUGCAGCACUGUAAAAAUGAGAAGAAGAACAAAGCGGUGAAGAUGAUCUUUGCUGUGGUGGUCCUCUUCCUGGGGUUCUGGACACCUUACAAUGUUGUGCUCUUCCUGGACACCCUGGUGGAGCUAGACAUUCUUCAAGACUGCACCCUUGAAAAAUACCUGGACUAUGCUAUCCAGGCCACAGAAACCCUGGCUUUCAUUCACUGCUGCCUUAAUCCGAUCAUCUACUUUUUUCUGGGGGAGAAAUUUCGCAAGUAUAUUAUACAGCUCUUCAAAACCUGCAGGGGCCCUUUUAUGCCCUGCCAGUACUGUGCACUCCUCCAGAUUUACUCUGCUGACACACCUAGCUCCUCUUACACACAGUCUACUAUGGAUCAUGAGCUCCAUGAUGGUUUGUAA